AUGGAGGUGGAGGAAACCUGGCGGCACUGGGCGUGGAGCGCAGGAUAUCAGGACGAGCUCCGGAAGACAAAGCCUGGACGGGCUCUUCGCCGACCUGCCAAUACCGGCACGAGCGUUGCAGAAGUUGCGGGAACUCUCGACUUCCCACUGUGCCACAAGGAGAUGGGAAACAAGCGGCGCUGGGAGCUAUGGCAUGGGACGCUGCUUUUGCUGCUGCCCUUCCAGCUUGCCGCGGGCGUGGCAAGCGCCGGAAGUCUGGUGGCCGCAGUGGCUUGGCGUGACCAGCAAUCCUUGCGGCAGGUGAUUGCCACUGACGACAAGGGGCGCGUGGCGGGCUCCACGGCAAAGGCGGCCCCGCCAGUGCCACCUUCCGCGGCGACCGGGGUGGAGGCGCACAUCCUCUCCUCCAACAUCCAGGGUCUUCGCUUCAUGCAAAGCGCGCGGGAGAACGAGGAGCGCAAGAAGUUGGAGAACGAGAAGCUGAGGCACAUCGAGGACAUGCAGUGGGUCAUCCCGGGCUUCGAGGCAGACGUGCUGGAAGAUGCCCAGGAGAAGCGUGCGGCGGAACAGUCGUCAGCAGUUCUGCUGAUCCACAGGCGUUCCUACAAGGGAUUCAACAGCCUCGUGGAGCAGUUCAUGAAGGACCUGCUGAAGAAGCAUGCGGAAGCCACUUCCCGGGCCGAGGAAGUUGAUCAGGCGUCGGCGCUUCGGAAGAUGAAGCAGCAGCGCACAAGGGUGUGA